CGGCGAUCAUCACCAGACUCUAGAGUCUCCCAAGACUGUGGAGACUUUGAAAAGCGCCGGGCUUGCCGCCAUGUGCUGACCACUUCAUGCCGGGCUUGCCAGAGAUUUUUCUGCCGGAUGUUUGUUCAACCUCGGAGGCCACCAGCCCUUCAAGGACCUCGUCGGGCCGUUCCAGCGGAAGCCACCGCGGCUUCCGGUGGAAGGCUCUCGAGUGGCAGGCGACUGCGUCGGAGAGCGAAGGUGAUCUACCAGAGAGCGAGGCAUCCAGAGAAGCUUCCAGGCGCACGAUGCAACGACCUGAGGAGUAGUUCCAUUGGCAGCCAAGUGUCCUGCAUCUCCCCGAGGCACCGCUUCAGCUGGAAAGCGCCCUCCCGGUCCUGGUCGCCCGAAGAAAGGUCAGACACUGACGCGCAGGCAGCGAUCCUACUACAGGCGCACUGGCGGGGUACCAUGGUCCGUCGGCUGCACCGGAAGCACCUCGUCUCGGCCGCCGUGCUGGUCGCCCACCUGCGUGCCUGGCACAUGGGUCGGCAGGAGCGGAAGUGUUUCUUGCGCUUGAAAGCGGCCGUGCUGCGCUUGCAGCGCUUCCUGCGCGAGCGGCGGAGCUUCCAAACAGAGGAGGAAUUGAUGACCUCAGAGAUGUUGGUCUCCUGUGAGGUGGGUCCGGAGAUCAUUGAGGUGAUGACCGAGGGAACGGAGGGAAUGUCAGCGACAGUGAAGCCUGGAGGCUGCUACGUCCGCCCAGCGCUUCGGGGAGCGGCCCGACGGAAGCUGCUGGGGGAGGAGGUCACCUUGCCAGGCGUCCGCAGCCCCGAAGGGCGCGCCGCUCGAAGGACGCCGCGGAAAUCGUGUGGGCCAACGCCCGAGAAGAAGACGCGGAACGAGGCGUCACUGGCUUCGCCCUCACCAGCCAAGGAGGUCGAGUUCCGGCUGGGCGACGUGGUGCGCCUCGACUCGGGCGCCUUGGUCCUGUCGGAGCUCUUGGCGCAAGGACUCUUGGUCCAAGAGGAGAUGGGUGACCAUCUGGAGCUCCCCAUCCAGAGGGCUUUGCAAGAGCUCAGCUCGCGCCACGCACGCAUCUGCUUCCUGGCACGCUUGGAAGGUGUCCAAGGCAGCUCUGCUGGUGCCGCCCUGCGUGCCGCUUAUGCUGCAGCGAAGAGCUCCCUAGGGCCUGAGCGGCUCUUGUGGCACGGCACAUCCUGGGACUGUGUGCCCAACAUCGUGCGCCAUGGCUUCAACCGAGCCUAUGCCUUCAAUGCGAGGCACGGCUCCAAGCUGGGCCGCGGCGUCUACUUCGCGGACGAUCCGGGCUAUGCCUUACGCUUCGCCGGGAAGUGUCAGACCCGCGCAGUCUUGCUCGCAGGGGUUCUGCCCGGAAGAUUCACGCGCGGCAAGGAGGGCUUGCUGGAAGCUCCGGCCAUGCCGGCGAUGCCGGGCCUCCGCUUCGAUUCCACCUGCGACGACGCGUCGAGGCCGCGUGUCUUUUGCGUGUUCAAAGACUUUCAGGCGUUGCCACUCUACUUGCUUCAGGUGGCGAUGUGAUGACUUGGCGGUUUGAGAUCGCAGUGCAGGGUUAAGCUGGGCAUUGGAGUGUGACCAUCCUUGAGCAUCCACGUGCAGGAUUUGUGCAG